AUGUUUUGUCAGAUAGAAACAUUAAAUAGCUUCAAUUAGGAUAGCUAGGAUAGUAAAAUUAAAAAUUUGUCCUUAAAAAAAGUGACGAACCCCAGAAAUAUUUUGAAACUCAAAGGGAAAGAACCCAUUAUCUAUCAUCUAAAACACCUAUUUCACUUUCUCCAAGAAUUGAUUUUGUCAAAGAAAAUAAAUCUAUAAUUACCAUUUAAGGAAGCCAAAAUGCUUAAGAAUAAGAAAAAAAGCGUGAGCGAGUUUUUAUUUCUUCAUUUCAAAAAAAAAUGGAAGAAAAAAAGGCAUACAUGA